UCUCUCCCUCCUUUUUCUCUCUCUAAAAAUCGUCCUGCUCAGCCACCCCAAGCCAUCUCUCUCUCUCCAAACUCUAAAAUCACUUUACAAAAUUAAAAUCUCUCUCUUUCUCCCUCCCAAUUACCCGCCAAAAAUAAUACUACUUUAAUUUAUCAUUCCAAAUUUUCAUAUUUUCUCUUCCGCCAAACAGAGUCCAGAAAAUCUUCUGUCUUAGGGUUUCCCUCUCUCUUUCUUGCAGGUCUUUCUCUCUUCAUCUUCCCGAAACAGCGUCGCUCUAGCGCUCCAUUCCCAUGGAUUCGGCGGCGAAUCAAGACGUUGCCGUCGCCGAGCAGUGUGAACCUUUGGCCGAGAAGAGGCCGGCGGAAAAUGGCGAUUCGGGGACUCGACCGAGCAAGAAGCCGAGAAUUGGGAAUGCAAACGGUGGGGGAUUGAAGAGAGUGGCGGAGAUUGUUCUGGUUCUGUCGACGAUGGCGAAGAUUCGGGGAGGGAAGAAGCCGACGGAGCUGGAGAUCGAGCUCAUGGCGGAGGCGAGGGCGAAAUUGGUGAAAUUGUGCGAAGGCUUGGCGCCGAAGGAUAUCGUAGCUAGGGAUGCGAUUGGGGCUGUGAUUGAGGAUUUGGGGCUUAAUGAUAAGGCGAAGGAUCAGAAGUUAGGGUUUAGAGGUCCCAGGUUGACGAUUGCAGAGAGGUUUUCUCAGGGCAAGAGGAAGAUGGAAGAAUCCAGGAAAUAUGUUGCACAAUCUACUCCCUAUACUCAACCAAUCCAAACAAGCUUUAACACAGCAGUCGAAACCCGCGGGAUGUCACAUACUGUGAGAAUGAUUCAGUCAGAUAAACAAAGCCACCCACCAAUUUCUUCCGGGGUUACCUCCGCUUCUUUGCCCCUUGGUCACGUUUCUACAGCAACUCCUCCAUCUAUCCAGUAUCAAUUGCCAACCAAUGAUGUUAGACCAUCUGUAGUUUCUAGUGGCUUUCCUAUCAGUAGUAAUUUAGGAAGGGACUCAUCUUCCUCCAUUUUGCCACGAGUUGAAAGGGCCCAAAUCAAAGUAGAAGGAGGUCCGAAUGCACCUUCUUAUGCAUCACAAGGACAAGUAAGUUUGUCUUCAAAUCAUCAACUAGUGAAUGCUCCAACAUGGUCCGUACAAACUCAAGCCGCCACUAAAAGUGGAGCAGAACAAAUCAACCCGGCAAACCAAACUUCAGCCAAGGUUGAGGGAAAUGCUCAAACAAAUGUAUCACGAGUGACUCCCCUUGCUUCAAGGGAUCAAAACUUCAGGUCGUUCAUUACUCAACCAGCUCCUGGAAAUUUAGCUAGUAUGCAUCAGCCAUUGCAACCCAUGAACUAUGUUCAACCUUCAGUUUCUAACAGUCACAAUGAAAUUGCAAAGAUGGUUCAAAAGUUAUUACAACCCAAGCUUCCUGAUCAUCCCACAUGGAUUCCUCCAUCAAGGGACUAUAUGAAUAAGGCUUUGACUUGCCAUAUUUGCCAUCUUACCAUCAAUGAGGUGGAUAAUGUGCUUAUAUGUGAUGCUUGUGAGAAAGGAUAUCAUACUAGGUGUGCACAAUCAACUAAUCAAAGGGGAAUUCCAAGAGGUGAGUGGCAUUGUGCAAGGUGCUUGGCAUUAAGCAAUGGAAAACCUUUGCCUCCUAAAUAUGGCCGUGUAAUGAGAAGCAAUACAUCAACAAAAAUUCCUCCUAGUGCAACUGGAGUUCAGUCACCUUCAGAAAAGAAAGUAGGAACUUUAGAUUCAAAGGACAAUCAACAGAAGAUGACUGCAAACGGAAGCUCUGACUUACAGAGUCUUGCUCAUACUAGUGGUGUGGCUCUGGGAAGCAAUAAUGUUGAUUUGGAAGCAGAGUCAAUGGGUCUAGACUCCAAAGAAACCCAAAAGAAUGAUUUUUCAUCAAUCAGCAGGAGUGUAGAGGAGAAGCCUGUUUUAGGUAUUUGUCCAAAUAUCUCAAUGAACUCCUCUGAAGCAGCUUCUGGUUCUUCACCUGCUGGUUUGAGUCAAAGCUCCUCCCAACUUGUUAAGAAUUCAAAUCAAUCUACACGUCAAGGGGAACCAGAACCACCGACAAGUCAAGGGGAACCUGUUAAACUUAAACCAUUGCCUCACAAUCACUUAUCUCAGACAGUGGGGAUUAAGGCUGAACCUUCUCAACCCUUUCAUGACUCACGUGUUGCUGACCAAUCAGGGCAUCCAAAAUCCAUUGAAGUUGCAUCCCAAGAAUGUCAAGAGGAUCUCUCAAUGGUGAAAGGGCCUGCGCCUGACACAUCACAUAUAAAUGAAAGUUCAGUCUGCACUUUAAAGUGUGAUAUUAAGCGAGAGGAGCAAGAUGCCCCCCAGGCCAACACUGUUGGAAGUUCUGCAACUGGCAGUGGCGUUGCCCAACAUUCAAGAGAUUCUAUAGAUGACUCUCAUCUUGUUAAAUGGGUUGGUGAUGAAAUUGAGGUUGAUGACAGGAAAAACUAUUACCAAAGUUGUUGCAUUGAUGGAGUACUGUACAAACUGCAGGACCAUGUUGUUUUUCAGUCUUCUAGUGGCAAAAUUUUACCCGCAAAACUUCAGUCCAUGUAUGAGGAUAGCAAAACUAAGUUAAGGUGGUUCCGUCUCAGUAGAUACUAUUUUCCUUGUGACUUACCAGAGAAUGCUGGCCGCCCUUGUACCACUGACAGCAAUGAGGUUUUUGAAACUGAUUGCUGUGUUACUGUAACUGCUGGAUACAUUCAAGGCCCCUGCAAAGUUCUUCCUCCUUCCAAAUUUAAAGAAGAAAGUGAAAGACUGAAUUCGUCGGGUCUUGAGCCUAAUCAUGGACUUUGUCCUGUUUUCCUAUGCAAAUGGCUUUAUGACGAGUUUAAAGGGUCAUUCCAACCCUCCCAUGACUCACACGUUGUUGACCAAUCAGGGCAGCCAAAAUCUGUUGAAGUUGCAUCCCAGGAAUGUCAAGAGGAUAUCUCCAUGGUGAAAGAAGCAGAUAAAUCUCACUUGAGUGAAAGUUCAGAAUGUCAUUUAAAGUAUGAUAUUAAGCGAGAUGAGCAAGAUGGUGCCCAGGCAAACACUGUUGGAAGCUCUGCAACUGGCAGUGAGGUUGUGGAGCGUUCAGGAGGUUUUAUAGAUGGCACACAUCCUGUUGAAUGGGUUGGUGAUGCUACUGAGGCUGACGACUGGAAAGCUUUUUAUCAAAGUUGUCGCAUUGGCGGACUAAUAUACAAACUGCAGGAUCAUGUUGUUUAUCGGUCUUCCAGUGGCAAAUUGUUGCCUGCAAAACUUCAGUCCAUGUAUGAGGAAAGGAAAACUAAGUUAAAGUGGUUUCGUCUCAGUCGAUACUAUUUUCCUGGUGACUUACCAGAGAAUGUUGGCCGCCCUUGUACCACUGACUGCAACGAGGUUUUCGAAACGGAUCGUCGUGUUAUUAUAAUGGCCCAAUCUGUUCAAGGACCCUGCGAAGUUCUUCCUCCUAGCAAAUAUAAAGAAGAAACUGAGAGACGGAAUCAGUCGAGUCUUGAGCCUAGUAGUGGACUUCAACCAGUUUUCCUAUGCAAAUGGCUUUACGACGAGUUUAAAAGGUCAUUCCAGCCUAUUUCUGGUUGAUCCCGUCAUAUGCAUACUUCGCUGACUUGAUAUUCUUCUUUCUUAUUGGCAUAGAGACUCUGGAUCACAACUGGUAGCCUGCACCAGUUAGGGCCUGCCCCAAGCAAUAGUGAGAGUUCCAUUUUUCGUCUAUUGUGAUUUGCAAAAUUUAUAGUUGUAUGAUUUAAUCUUCCCAAUAGCAAUUCAAGCUGUAAUUUUUAAGCCUCUUAUAUGUUGUUUUGAACAGUGAUUAUAGUAAAUAUAUAUGGCCAUUUAAUAUUAGUAUUAUGUAA